AUGAGUGACCCUAACAACCCCAACAUUGAGCAGAGAUCAACGCCCCAAUGGGCUCUCUAUCAACGGGAAAACUUCUUGAGAGCAAGAGAGGGCAAGACUGUGCCUUUCAACACCGAUCCCAGAAAACUCGAAGAGCUAGCCCGCGAAAAGCUCAGCCAAGGCGGCUGGUACUAUGCUUCCUCGAAUGCAGGCAUGUCCAAUACCCACCUAGCCAACCGACAAGCCUUCUACCGCCACCGCAUUGUCCCCCGGCAGCUAGUCGACACCAACCUCCGCGACACAACAACGGAGAUCUUCGGCCACAAGGUCUCGGCACCCAUAGGGUUCGCCCCAAUUGGCAUCAACAAGAUCUACCAUCCUGCCGCUGAAGUCGCCGUCGCCAAGGUCGCACACGAGCUCAAUCUCCUGUACUGCCUCUCCACAGCCGGCAGUACGCCAAUUGAGAAGGUCGGCGAGGCGAACGGAUCAGGCCCGCGUUUUUACCAGUUGUACAUGCCCCACGAUGACGAGCUGACGCUUUCACUGCUCAACCGGGCCUGGAAGUCCGGAUUCGACGUACUGAUGCUCACGACGGAUACAUGGCAGCUCGGCUGGCGGCACGACGAUGUCGCCAACUCGAAUUAUGCGUUUUAUCGCGGCAUUGGCGCCGAUCUGGGGCUAACGGACCCAGUGUUCCAGAAGCGCUGUCAAGAGGCCGGCAUCGACAUUGAAAAAGAUGUCCUGGCCGCUUCGACCAAGUGGAUCGACUCCGUCUGGCAUGGCCGCGCCUGGUCCUGGGAGACAAUCCCCUGGCUGAUAGAGAAGUGGAAGUCCAUCUCCGGUGGUCGGCCGUUCGUCAUCAAGGGGAUCCAGUCCGUCGCGGACGCGAGAAAGUGCGUCGAGUACGGUGUUGACGGGAUCGUGGUGAGCAACCAUGCAGGCCGCCAGGUUGACGGUGCGAUCGCCAGUCUUGAUGCGCUGGAGAAUAUUGUCGACGCUGUGGGUGACCAGAUCUACAUCAUGUAUGACUCUGGAGUCCGGGGUGCAAGCGACGUCGUCAAAGCGCUGGCGUUGGGCGCGAAGUUCGUCUUUGUCGGUCGUCUUUGGAUCUGGGGGCUCAGUAUCAUGGGCGAGGAAGGCGUGCGCCAUGUCAUGAAGUCACUCCUGGCGGAUUUUGAUAUCUUGAUGGGAGUUGGGGGAUUUAAUAGUAUCAAAGACUUUGAUAGGUCUAUACUAGGUAUGUCGAGCUCAGUGAAGAAAGGCACGGCCGCUGAUCAUUUAUUAGAGUCUUAUCCCAGGUCGUAUACCUACAUACCGGACAAGGUUCUCUGA